GUUCAAACGCAGAUCAGAUGCGAGUUGGAUGUGUCAGAUGUGAUCUGUCAUCAGAUUAGAGAAACAUUUAGUUUUUCAGCAUCAUCGGUGAAAACGGUUAGAAAGUUCCCGACAAGGAAAAUCAAUCUGCUGGAAAUUUUGCAUUUUCAACGCUGCCUGCUUUUCCGCACUUCCGUUGCCAGCAAAUAGGUAGGCUCGGUGGCCUUGCAGCGCUGGCAAUUCGUGACGGGUCCGAGUGAGUUGGUGCGGCGGGCAGCACCUCGAUUGCUCACUUUCAGAAUGGAAGCGCUCAAAGUCGCUCUUCUGGCGGUCCUUGCCCUUGCAAUUUUCGUGGAAUUCACUUCAGCCGGCGUUAUAAAUCUUAAGGGAAACGCAACCGAAGAAGAGAUUCAUUCGCGAUGGAGGAGAGAGCCAAGAAUUACAAAAGGAGCAUCAAAAUCCAUCUCGCCAAAGCAAGCAAAAUUGUCAAAGCCGAGGAUUGAAAAAACCUGCAUGACAAAGUCCCUUGAAGUAGCACAAAGCUGCUGCUUUAUGCCAUUGAUAGCGUCGAGGAAUGCUCAAGGGAGGUGUCUAAAAAAGCAUGGCAUAAACGGCAAGGAAAUGGAAGGGCUGUUCCACACUGCCAGGGCACACAUAGUUACAAACUACGAAUCAGGCAAAUUUAAAAUACCCAGAGACGACUUCGCCACUAUGUCUGAACAUGUGCUUGGUGACCAAGUGUGCUUUGUGGAAUGUGUUCUAAAGGAUAUUAAACUGAUUGACGACAAUGGUCGGCCAAUGGAAACCGCAUUUGAAAUGGCUUUUUCGUCCAAACUGAAGUCCAAAAUUUACAAUUCAAAUUGGGACAGCACGAUCAAGACCGCGGUCAGAGAAUGCGUUGCAGAAAGUGACAACUUGCCAGUGCCGCAGAUGAAAAAUUCCAAGGGCCAAAUGUGCAGCACCACGCCAUUCACUUACAUGUUUUGCUUGCGCAAAAAGUUUACUUUGAAUUGCCCUGAUCUUCACCCUGCUCCUGGUUGCCAGAAGAAAGCCAAAGCCGACUUAGAAGCAUGCAAUCAAAAAGAAGUCUGGCAGGCUAUCAGUCAAGGUGGUCCGUACCCAGGAUCCAAGAUGAAUAAUAUGCCAAGCGGUGGUGGCAUGAACGGAAUCGACACGCCACAAGGUCAAAUGCCUCAGCCCGGUCAAAUGCCGAACGAUCAAAUGCCGCAGGGCGAAAGUGGCAUGGACCCGCCUCCAAUGGAAGAUCCACCAUCUCAGCCUGAAGAACCAGCAGCGGAAGGAGGAGGUGAAGAAGCACAACCGGAGCCAGCAGCCGAACCAGAGAUGCCUGCAGAGGAGCCCCCUGCCGAAGAGCCCCAGGCAGCUUCAGAAGACGAGGCUCCACCUCCAGAGGAACCGCCAGCAGAGGAACCUCCGGCCGAAGAGCCCCCAGCAGAGGAGGAAUAAAAUGUUUGACAAGCACUUUAAAUAUAUUAUAUAAUGAUUGUAGAAGUGUCUGAAAUUGCUCAAAUUUUUAAUUCUUUAUAAUUCCUCUGUUUUAAUCAAAUUUAGUGCAAACUGUUGUGAUAAGAAUAACAGGUUAAUAAUAAACUAUUAUUUUUAUUUUAU